CCCGGCAGGUCUUCUCUUAGUCCUCAAAGUUCCGAGGGCCCGUGCGCGUCGGUCUACGCUCGGUGCGGGGCUGGCGAGCAGGAUGGAGGGCUGCAUGGGGGAGGAAUCGUUCCAGAUGUGGGAGCUCAAUCGACGCCUGGAGGCCUACCUGGGCCGGGUCAAGGCGCUGGAGGAGCAGAAUGAGCUGCUCAGCGCGGAGCUCGCGGGUCUGCGCGCACAGUCCGCCGAGGCUUCUUGGCGAGCCCGUGCCGACGACGAGCUGGCGGCGCUGCGGGGCCUGGUGGACCAGCGCUGGCGGGAGAAGCACGCGGCCGAGGUGGCGCGCGACAACCUGGCGGAGGAGCUGGAGGGCGUGGCGGGCCGGUGCCAGCAGGUGCGGCUGACCCGGGAGCGGAUCGCCGAGGAGGCUGCCCGCCACCGGCGUGCGGUGGAGACCGAGAAAUGCGCCCAAGGCUGGCUGAGCAGCCAGGCUGCGGAGUUGGAGCGCGAGCUGGAGGCUCUGCGCGCCGCGCACGAGGAGGAGCGCGCCAGCCUCAACGCCCAGGCCUCUUGUGCCCCCCGCGGCCCCGCGCCGCCCCGCGGGCCCCCGGCCCCCGCACCCGAGGUGGAGGAGUUGGCCAGGCGGCUGGGGGAGGCGUGGCGCGGGGCCGUGCGCGGCUACCAGGAGCGCGUGGCGCACAUGGAGACGUCGCUGGGCCAGUCCCGCGAGCGGCUGGGUCAAGCGGUGCAGGGCGCCCGGGAGAGUCGCCUAGAGUUACAGCAGCUCCAGGCGGAGCGCGGCGGACUCCAGGAGCGCAGGGCGGCGUUGGAACAGAGGUUGGAGAGUCGCUGGCAGGAGCGGCUGCAGGCCACUGAAAAGUUUCAGCUGGCCGUGGAGGCUCUGGAACAGGAGAAGCAGGGCCUACAGAGCCAGAUUGCUCAGGUCUUGGAAGGUCGGCAGCAGCUGGCACACCUUAAGAUGUCCCUCAGCUUAGAGGUGGCUACAUACAGGACUCUGCUGGAGGCUGAGAACUCGCGGCUGCAGACACCUGGCAGUGGUUCCAAGACUUCCCUUGGCUUCCAGGACCCCAAGCUGGAGCUGCAUUUCUCUGGGACCCCAGAGGGUCGGCGUCUGGGACCUUUUCUCCCUGUCCUCAGCCCAACUCCUCUCCCUUCACCCUUGCCCAAUACCCUUGAGACACCUGUGCCAGGCUUUCUGAAGAGCCAGGAAUUCCUUCAGACCCAUACCCCUACUCCCACUCUAGCCAGCACCCCCAUCCCAACCACACCUAAAGCUCCCUGCCCUGCUACCAAUGCAGAGAUCAGAGCCCAGGAUGCCCCCCUUUCCCUGCUCCAGCCACAGGAUGUGAGGCAACAGGCUCCAGAGUCCCUAUGGGCUGAAGCCAAAGCAACUUUCCCUGACAGCAUCCUCCCUAGACCAGAGGAGCCUGGAGGCGAGCAGCAAGGGGUUAGUGCAGGCCAGUCCCCUGAGGAUCAGGCCUCCUCAGUCCAACUCCUCAGUUCUGACUACCCCAAAUUAGAGGCUAAUGAUGGAGAACCCAGUGAGACUAAAGGAUCUAGUAUAUUCCCAGAAGAUAAAGGGCAAGUCUGGGGGCUGGUAGAGAAAGACGUAGACAUAGAGUUCAAAGCAGUGAGUAGUUUACAGCAGGAAACACAGCAAGAGGAAGGAGAGUUGGACAUGAAGGAAAUUCAGGACUUCCACGGUCUUUUUGAAAAAGAAACUGCAAAGGUUCUGCAAGAGGAGAUUCAAGAGCCACCAGUGUGUUUGGAAAACCAGAGCCAUAAGACACUAGAGAAAGGGAAUCCUGAGUAUCUGAGGUCUUUAGAAGAAGAGAACUUAGAAGCAACAAAAAGUACAGAAAAAGAAAAUCAAGAGUUAUUAAAGUCUUUAGAAGGAAAGGAUGUGGAGGAAGAGAGACCUCUAGAUAAGGACAUACAAACAUUGGAAUCCUUAGAAAAGGAGAACCAAGAACUAAUGAUGUCUCCUGAACACAACAUAGAGAGACAUUUAUCUCUAGGAAAGGAUCAGGAAUUAGUAAGGGCUCUAGAAGAGGAGAACUUAGAGUUAUUGAGAGCUCUUGAAAAAGAGAGUCAGCAGUCACUGAGAUCUCAAGAAAGAGAGGACCAGGAGACGUGGAGUUCUGUAGUCAAAGAGAAUCAGGAGUUCCUGACACCUCCUGAAGAUGAGAAUCAAGAGAUCUUUAGACCUGUGGAGGAAGAGAAUCCGGAGCCACUGAAGUCACAAGAAGAAGAGGACCAGGAGAUUGUAAGAUCUCCAGAAAAAGAGAAUCAAGAGCCAUUGAGGUUACUAGAAGAGGACCAGAGACCUCUCAAAAAAAAUCAAGAGCCAUUGAGGUUUGUAGAGGACCAGGGAUCUCCAGUAAAAGAAAAUCAAGAGUCAUUGAGAUCUGUAGAAGAAGAGGACCAAAGAACUGUGAGUCCUCUAGAAAAAGAGAACCUGGAACCACUGAUGUCUCCAGAAGAAGACCAGAAGAUUAUGAGCCCUCUGGAAAAAAAGAACCAGGAGCCAUCAGAGUCUCCAGAAGAGGACCAGAAGAUUGUGAGCUCUCUAGAAAAAGAGAACCAGGAGUCAUUGAAAUCUUCAGAAGAAGAGGACCAGAGAAUUGGGAGCCCUUUUGAAAUAGAGAACCAGAAGCCACUGAGGUCUCCAGAAGAAGAGGACCAGAAGAUAGUGAGUUUUCUUGAAAAAGAGAACCAGGAGCCUCAAGAAGAAGAAGAGCAAGAAAUGCUGAGAUCUCUUGACCAAGAUACUCAACAGCCACUGAGUGCUCUAGGAGAAGACCAGAUGAUACUUAGACCACCAGAGAAGGAAAAUCCAGAGCCACUGAAAUCUCUUGGAAAAGAACAAGAGGUAGAUUGGUCUCUUGAAAAAGAGAAUCGAGAGUUAUUCACGUCAAUGGAAAAAGAGAGUAUAGAAGUUGUGAGAUCUUUUGAAACAGAGAACCUAGAACCACUGAAGACUGCCAGAGAUGAGGACCUGGAAAUAUUAAAAUCUCUAGAAACCCAAGAACCACUGGGGGCUGUAGAAGAAAUUGGUAAGGAGACAAUGAAAGCUCUAGAAAAGGACAUUCAAGAUACCCUGGGGUCUGUAGGUGAAAACCAAGAGACACUGAGACCCCCAGAAAAAGAAAAUAAAAAACCAGUCAGCUCUCUGGAAGAGCAGAACCUAGAGACUCUGACAUCUCUAGAAGUGGCAGAGAAGGAAAGUCAAAGGGAUCUGGGAGAGGAAGAGAUGGGCGAGAAGCAACAGUCACUCAGUUCUCUGGAAGAGGCGGGACAGGAGCUACCUCAGUCUACAAAUCAGCCCAGGUGGGAGGAUUUGGAGAUGGAGGACCAAGCCCUUGCUCAGGCACUCCCGGCUGAGAGGGCUGGAGUAGGAAAUGAGGAUGAGGUAGAACUGGAUCUGGGGGAACAGGAUGGGGAAAAGGAGGUUGCACAGCAGGGACAGCCACAGCUAAACAUCACAGGGGAGAGCUGGGAUUCUGGGAGUUUAGAACCCAAAGAGCAGAGGGUCCCAGCAGAGGGAGCCAAUGGAAUGGGAGGCAGUGAGGGCCUCCAAGGUCAACCAGAGCAUGUGGCGACUUCCCAGGGAAAACCAGAAGCAAUAGAGCCCCUAUUGGAAGCUGAAGAUGUGGCCAUAGAACAUGACCAAGUCCCCCUAGAGGUGACCUUGGAGUCAGAGACAGUCAGGGGUGAGUCUGUCAAAGUAGGAGCUGAGGUGGGACUGGAGCCAGAGAUCACUGAGGUUGGGCUGGAGGACCCAGAGCAACUGCCUAGAGAGGAGAUGAGUCAGCCACUUAUGGGAGAGGAAAGUUUGGAGACAGAGAGUGCUCAGGGCCUGGAAGGUCCUAGAAAGGACCUAGAGAAGGCAGAUGAUCUGGAGGUAGCAUCCACUGAUCUGCCCAGGACCAGCAGAGACCCCCUGGAGCCUUCCAAGGGUUUAGAGGAGACAGUGCCUGCAGACCCUUGGGUAGCAGAGCCAUUCCGGGCUGAGACCCCAGCCCAUGGCGGAAGUGAUGCUCCUCCACCCACGUCCCCAGGGACAGAAGAUGAGGGGGCACAACCAGUGCUGGGGCUCUCCCGUCCCGGGCCCUCAGAACACGGGCCACCUAGUCCAAUCCCAGAAGAUGUUCCAGGGUGCCAGCUCCAGACUGAGGGAUGCCAAGAGGCUACCUGGGGUAAAGAAGGUAGAGCUGAAGCCCUGGGAAAGGAGGAGGGUACCCUGGAGGAGUUUGGUCCUCGGGGGGUCCCUGAAGAAGGUCUCCAGGAAGAAGAGGAGGAGAGCAAAGAAGAGAGUGAGGCUGAUGAGCUCGGGGAAACCCUUCCAGACUCCACACCCCUAGGUCUCUACCUCAGCUCCCCUGUCUCCCCUGGAUGGAGCUUGGCUGGCGAGCAGAGGCCCUCCCCUCAAGGGGAGGCUGGGAAGGAAAGCUGGGACUCAGAUGUCCUAGCCUCCAAGGGUGUGGGAGCUCCACUCUCUGAAGAGGAGGAGGAGGAAGAGGAGGAAGAGGAAGAGGAGGAGGGUGGGGAAGAACCAGGCCCUGACUCUGACCUGUCAGAAGAAUUUGAGGACCUAGGGGCUGAGGUUUCUCAUCUUGCUGGGAUCCCCAGGUUGGUGGCAGAACCUCUGGGCCAGGCAUCCCAGCUGCUAGAUCAUGCAGACUGGCAUCAGGAUGGGGAGUCAGAUGGGUUUGCGGAUGAGGAAGAAAGUGGGGAGGAAGGAGAGGAAGAAGAAGAGGAGAGGACAGAGCCAGAGUCCCGAAGGUGGGGACAAGGUUCCUCUGUGGGCAGUCUCCAGGCCCUGGGUAGUUCUCCAAGAGGAGACUUCCUGGAGCCCGAGGCGGUGGGUGUCAGUGUCCCCUGGGAUGAUGGCUUGAGGGGCACUGUGGCCGAUGCUCAUGUGACCGCCUUGGAGACUGAGCCUUCUGGUUUAGAGGAGGAGUCUGACCCUGUUCCCAUGGAAAGGGAGGUCAAAGUAUCUGGUCCUUUGGAGACCCCUAGAGAGGUGGAGGUCAUGGGCCCUGGGGAAGGGGACAUUUUCAGUAAUGGUCAGGAACCCAACCUGGAGGAGUCAGAACAUGUGAAUGGAAUGGUGGUGAAUGGACUGGAACAGUCCAAGGAAGUAGGACCUGGGACACAGGGGACCCCAGAUGGGGACCAAGAGCUCUCCCUACAGGAAGGGGAAGCCCAGAAGACACCUUGGGUAGGGACUCCUGUACACCUGGCCCCAGGCAGGUUCCUGAAAUUCACGCCAAGGGAAGUAGAGGGAGAUUCCUGGUCUUCAGAAGAAGACUAGAGAAAGCUCCUGGGUCAGACAGGACAAGGUGGGGCACCCCCCACGCCCCUCCCUGCUCAAGGGCAGCACGCCUAACUUAGGUUGUUUUGAUCUGUGGUUUCUAAGAAAGAAGUCUGGCUGGCUAGGCUAAAAUGGAAUGACAAACCAGCCCUGUCCACCGUUAGAGGCUCAGGCCUUGCCAGGGAGACAUACUGCUCACACCAUCCCAAAGGCUUAAGUCAGACAAACCCCUGUAGUACUAGGUCCUCUUUCCUCUCCCCAUCAGCUGGAAAAGGCUCCAAAGGGAGACACUGCAACCUUUGGUUAUGGAACUCUCCAGCUCUGCCCCCACAGGGGUGUGACCUGGCCAAGUGUGCCAGUGACCUGUCUGGUCCCUCAUCCCUGCCCUGUCUAGCUCAUCCCUGCUUGAAUAAAGUCGGGCUUCCAC